UGACGUUUCAAAAUUUGAUUGACAUUUGUCAGUAGUUAAGUAGAAAAAGGUGUGUAAAAUAAAUAUUUUUGUAUAAAAUGGAAGCCUACGAUGUAAUUGUAAAUCAACCGGUUGUGAUAGAUAACGGCACUGGCGUGAUAAAGGCAGGCUUUGCCGGAGAUCAGAUCCCGAAAUGCAGGUUUCCAAACUAUGUUGGUAGACCAAAACAUACCCGUGUAAUGGCGGGUGCCCUAGAAGGAGAUUUAUUCAUAGGACCUAAGGCUGAGGAACAUCGGGGUUUACUUUCAAUUAAAUACCCAAUGGAACACGGUAUCGUCACAGACUGGAACGAUAUGGAGAAGAUUUGGAGCUACAUCUACAGCAAAGACCAGUUGUCCACUUUCUCCGAAGAGCAUCCCGUGUUACUGACUGAGGCACCUUUAAAUCCAAGACCGAACAGGGAAAAGGCAGCUGAAAUCCUAUUCGAAACUUUCAACGUUCCAGCCCUGUUUAUCUCAAUGCAAGCUGUACUUAGUUUAUAUUCCACAGGAAGAACUACGGGAGUAGUGCUUGACUCAGGUGAUGGCGUUACACAUUCGGUGCCUAUUUACGAAGGAUUCGCUCUGCCACACAGUAUUAUGCGGUCUGAUAUCGCCGGACGUGACGUUUCCAGAUACUUAAGGUUGUUGCUUCGAAAAGAGGGCAUAAUCUUCCGAACGACAGCCGAGUUCGAAUCCGUGAGGACCCUCAAGGAAAAGGCGUGCUAUCUGGCCAACAAUCCCAUCAAGGAGGAAUCGGUAGAGACGGAGCAGAUAAACUACACCUUACCCGACGGCAGCGUUAUUAAAGUAGGUCCGGCUAGAUUCAGGGCCCCCGAGAUACUGUUCAAGCCCGACCUGAUAGGAGAGGAGUGCGAGGGAUUGCACGAAGUCCUGAUGUACUCAAUUCAAAAGUCCGAUCUGGACCUUAGGAAGGUGCUAUUCAAAAACAUCGUGUUGUCGGGCGGUUCUACUUUAUUCAAGGGCUUCGGGGACAGGCUUCUGUCGGAAAUAAAGAAAAUGUCGCCAAAGGAGACUCAAAUAAAGAUAUCAGCCCCACAAGAGAGGCUGUACUCGACCUGGAUCGGGGGCUCGAUCCUGGCAUCUCUGGACACCUUCAAGAAGAUGUGGGUGUCGAAACGCGAAUUUGACGAGGAAGGCCAAAGGGCUAUACAUCGGAAAACGUUCUAGUUAAAUAACUCAAAUUUAUCUCGUAUGAUCCUGUUAUCUGCAACAUAAUUUUUUUGUCUAACAUCAAUUUUUAUUUUUAUUUCUAUUUAUUUAUUAUUUUAUAGUUGUAUCUUCGUAAUUAUUUGGUAUAUUAUGUGAGCGAAGAAAAAAUAGUGAAUAAUUUGUGUUAAGCUUUAAUAUCGUGUUUAUAGUACUUUUUUAUAUAUGAAAUAAUAUACUUUUCUUAUACAAGCACAAUAACAUGUACGCAGCUUUAAAAGAUGUAAAUUCCAUUGAUACCUAUUCUUUUUUAAAUAAAACAUGUAUUAACGUU